AUGGAACCAGCUGAAAUAUGCUUUUCGGACGAUCAGCUCCGAUUGUCCGGAUCAGAGCUGGAACACUUCUUCAACACUGUCGUUUUUCCUCCACUAUGUGCUUUCGGUCUCGUUGGGAAUACGCUGACCAUUAUGGUUUUAAUUAGCAACGAUCUCAUGUCCAGAGCGAACAUUUUUCUUACGUGUUUGGCAGUUUGCGACGUCUGCCUUCUGAUAUUGAUGAUUCCCCAUUCAAUGGCUCAUUUCGACUAUUUCGCCCUCAAUCUGUUCUUUCGUUAUCCUUACCUCCGAUCAAAAAUUCAUCUGUUUGCGUUCGCCAACUGGACAUCGGCCGUAUCCAUAUGGUAUGUACUGGAGGUUUCAUUGACGAUUUCAUCUAUAUUAAGAGUUUUGCUUAUUUCAUUGAUAAUUACUGUUUAA